AACACAUGUCACAACAAAUUAUUAUAAGUCUCCCUUUAGGUAGAAAAAUAGUGACAUAAAGAAAAGAACAGAAUGCCCUCUUCUGAAAUUGCUUUUCCUCUGCUUCUUUUCUCACCAAAAACUCGUCUAAAAAAGACACUUUUACACAAAUAUUACAUAGCUAUGAGAUUUACAAAAAGAAAUAUCAUUCCACUUCUUGUUUUCAUUUUAUCAUUUGCUUCCAUUCUCAGACUUGUCAAGAUUUCUGUGAUUACAUCAUAUUCCUCUCCAAUUUUCUCUGCCUUGUCUCUAGUUGAACACAGCCACAACCCCCUCGCGGAGAAAGAAAUCAACUUUCUCUAUGAUCUUGUAUCGCGAAAAUCCCCCUGCAAUAUUCUUGUUUUCGGGCUUGAAACACAGUACUCUUCUCAAAUUUCAACAAUCAAUAGGGGUGGAUUCACUGUCUUUCUUGAGGACAACCCCGCGAAGAUCAAACUUUAUAACUCCACAAGUAAUGCUGAUAGUACUCGAAUUCACAGAGUCGAGUAUCAAACAGUUGCUAGAGAUGCAUACAAGAUUUUAAAACAUGCUAGACAAAACCAGAAAGACUGCUACAUUUCAGCAACUGCUAGGCCUAGUAGUUCAAAACAUGAUGUGCAUAGUAGUUCAUCAAGAAAGUGCAAAUUUAUGUCACUUGUCACAAAUGUUCCUAAGGAAGUGUAUGAAGUGAAGUGGGAUUUGGUGAUUGUUGAUGGACCAGAAGGCGAUAAACCGGAAUCACCAGGAAGAAUGGCUGCAAUUUAUAUUGCUGGUGUACUGGCAAGAAGAAGCAAGAACAAGAAUGGGACUCAUGUAUUGGUACAUGAUGUUGAUAGAAUGAUUGAGAAGUGGUUUUCUUGGGAAUUCUUAUGUGACACUAAUUUGUUUUCUUCUAAAGGGAAAUUCUGGGAUUUUAACAUACUAAUAAAACCAAAUGCAACUACUUUUUGUCCUGCAUAAUUGAACAUAUAUAGUCUGCCACUGUAGAAAAAAUUCUUUUGUUUGCUGUUAGAUAUAGGCAUACAGCUUAUGUUUAUUUCAUUACUAUAUAUCUUACCUUAAUUAUGUUGAGAGCACAAAUUUGUAAA